AUUUUGUAUCAUUAAAUUAAUAAUUUAUAUAUAUAUUUCUUUUUACUAAAGAAAUAAUUUAAAAAAAUAAAAAAAAAAUCAACAACACACAAUUCUACAUAAUCACAUAAUAUGGCCUUUAUUGUAUCAAAAGACAUGCUUGUAAAUGAAGAGGGACAAUACAAGAUGUAUUCAGGCAACAACGAAGAGGAAAGCAAGUUGUAUCACCACGAGCCUAAUGCGGUAGUCAAUCUAGAAGGUGGUAGUGCAGUAGAAGAAGAUACAGAAGAUGAGGAUGACGAAGACACGCCACCUGUUGGUUUUAAAUCGUCUCCUCCCCCCGCCAUCCAGACCUAUUCACCACAGCUCAAUCUUAGUUUGUAUUCACCUUCUGUCGCCUCAAUUCAAACCAGUCGUUUCUUAUCUGCUGCUGCUACUGCUGCGUCUACAGGUACUGCUGCUGCUGCUUCUGCUUCUGCUGCUGCUGCUGCUGCUGCUGCUGCUGCUGAUAACACUAAAGCUGCAACCACAACCACUAGAGCGCAUGCACCUUCACGAACUCCCCUUUCCCCCUUCCACAAAGAACCAUCCAGAGCAGUCCAAAAUGCAACGGGGAAAAAAAGUCCUUUAGAUUCCUUUUCAUCCUCCCAAAUGAAUAAAAUGGAUCUACGCUCGCCACCCACACCACAACCAUCGCAGUCGACAUCACGAUUGAUGAAUGCUUUCCAGCGAUUAAAAAAGACGUCACAACGGAGUGGCAACCAUGUGGUACCAGUAGAUGUUAUUAAACCAUGUGCGUCUAAAAGUUCAUUAGCGGAUAAGAUCAAGAAUAAAUUCCAGCCGAAAAAGAAGGAAAAUGAAAAGAAAAAGAUGACAACGAGCAUGCCACGUUCAUCUUCAUUUUCUUCUAUCCGACAUUGGUCUACACAAGCAAACGGUAAUAAGAGGAUGGUGAAAUCGAAUUCGGUGACGUCGUUUCCGACGAGUACAUGCUCGACGACGAGCUCAAAGGAGUCAGUGACGGAAUCGGUCAAGAUGGCUCAGAGUUUGACACUGACGAAAUCGAUUUCGUCGCAUCGAUUGUAUAAGACCGCGACGACACAAGGGGAGAGUCGACCACGACAACCGUUACGAGCGGUGAACCCAAAUGAUUCGAUGCGAGGGGAUCCUCAUUUACAGACGACGAAAAAGAAGAACAGUGUAGUACGAUUUACAAAAUUAGUGUCGGUGCGAGAUACAUUUUCCAAGAUGGAUUAUGAUCGCGCUUCAGAUCCCGAAGCGGUGUGUACACGAUUGACUCCUACCAUGGCUCAACAAAUAAAGGAAGAAUUAAAUGCAUAUAAAUUGCAUGAAAUGCAGGUGCAUGAAUAUAGUAGAGUUCACACUCAUUUCUUUCUUUAAAAAACACGCCUCCCCUUUUUUUUGAAAAAAACAAAAAAUAAACAUGAUUUAAAUUAAAAAAAA